UAUAUGGGAUAAUACGCAGCAGAUUCCCCUUCUGGGCAGCUCUGAGGUUUGCACAGAAAGUCCCCAGAUCUUCUGCUUCCAGUGUCGCGCUGCACGGGCUCUAGAUGUGAAUCAAUCCCAUGAUGCAACAUGUGUCCCCAGCACCACCUCUAUCAAUGAUGGCCACCCAGAGUGUGCCUCCACCCCCUUACCAAGAGAGCCCACAGAUGACGGCCACCGCUCAGCAGACUGCCAAGGCCCAGCCAGUCCAUCUCCCAGCAUCCUCUGCGGCAGCUAACCCUGUCCCCGGUGCUCCAAUUGACCCUCAGGCGCAGCUGGAAGCUGACAAGCGUGCUGUCUACAGACAUCCUUUGUUCCCCCUCCUGACGCUGCUGUUUGAGAAGUGUGAGCAGGCCACACAGGGAUCCGAGUGCAUUACAUCUGCCAGCUUUGAUGUGGAUAUUGAGAACUUUGUCCACCAGCAGGAACAGGAGCGCAAACCGUUCUUCAGCGAGGACCCCGAGCUCGACAACCUGAUGGUGAAGGCGAUCCAAGUGCUGAGAAUCCACCUGCUAGAACUGGAAAAGGUGAAUGAAUUGUGCAAGGAUUUCUGCAACCGCUACAUCACCUGCCUAAAAACCAAAAUGCACAGCGAUAAUCUCCUCAGGAACGACUUGGGAGGACCCUAUUCCCCAAACCAGGCAUCCAACAGCCUUCACGCACAGGACCUGUUACAGAGUUCUCCCAGCGCGCUGUCUGCUCUGACCAACAACCCGCAAGGAAUAGUUGUGCCGUCCUCACUACAGCAAAGCAGCCUCUCCAUGACAACCGUCAACUCUUCGCAGGUUGUAUCAGGUGGUGCACUUUACCAACCCGUUACCAUGGUAACAUCCCAGGGACAGGUAGUAACUCAAGCAAUUCCCCAGGGGGCAAUCCAGAUCCAGAAUGCACAGGUCAAUCUGGAACUGACCUCUCUGCUUGAUGGGGAAGAUAAAAAAUCUAAAAACAAGCGCGGAGUUCUCCCGAAACAUGCAACCAACAUCAUGCGUUCAUGGCUCUUCCAGCACCUGAUGCACCCAUACCCAACAGAGGACGAGAAGCGGCAGAUCGCUGGACAGACAAACCUCACAUUAUUGCAAGUCAACAACUGGUUCAUCAACGCUCGGCGGCGUAUCCUCCAGCCAAUGUUAGAUGCCAGUAAUCCAGAUCCAGCACCAAAAGCGAAGAAGAUAAAAUCUCAGCACCGGCCAACGCAGAGGUUCUGGCCCAACUCCCUCGCAGCUGGAGUCCUACAGCAACAAGGAGGGUUACCUGGGACCAAUUCUGAUGGUUCUGUGAACAUAGACAACCUGCAGUCCUUGUCCUCAGACGCCUUGUCCAUGCAACAAGCCAUGAUGGCCGCACACGACGACUCCUUGGAUGGCACAGAAGAGGAGGAUGAAGAGGAGGAGAUGGAAGAGGAUGACCUGGAGGAGGACAGCGAAGACCUUCAGACAACCAACGUCAGUGACCUGGGCUUAGAACAGAGCGACUCCCUGGAGUAGCGGACUGUCCGAGCGACGGCCACACACGGCAAUAGAACUGAUAGAAGUUUAAGCCUUGGGACGCGGUUUCUAAAACUUUCAUCCUCUGACUUACUGGAGCCCACAGCCUGCACGGGAGGGUGAGGCCUUGUCCUUCCUCUGCACAAAUGGUAGAAACAAACUGCCGAUAAAAGGAAAAGAGCCCACCUCUCCUGCCAGAACCGCCAGGAACUCCCC